AAAACAGGCUUGGAGCCAAAGGACUUUGAGUGAGGAUGGCUUGAAGAGGAAGCGUAAUGAUCUGGAAUUGGAGUUUGGAUAUUCCAGGACACCGUGUGAUUCUGUUGAUGCCGGUUUGCCGGAUUUGACACCUGCAUCUACAGCAUUUGGAGAUGUUUGCCCCUCUUCUAGCUCACAGAAGAUCUCUGGGCAAGGCGCAUACCUCCAGCACCUGGACAGGAGUAGUCGGGCCUGGGUACUGUCCACCGGAAAGCCCCAGUCAUCAGAUGAAGUCCUCCCAACCAGAAUCACAGAGUGGCGACAGGGCCCGGGUGGAGAUGGAAACAUUUGGUACAACCCCAUUCCUGAAGAAGACGACUCGAGGGCCACCGGAGGAGCAGCUCAGGAAAAAUAUGGAGAUCCGUGGAGAAGGAGAGAAACUGAGGAAUAUGCGAAGGAGAAAAGAGAUCAGAAACGAUCAGGAGGGUGGAGUCCCACCGGCGUCCAAUCAAAUGAGAGAGACUCAAGCUGAGGCCGACAUCAUCAGGGCGGAUAGUUUGGAUCUGGUUGUGCUACAGUCGGACUGCAUUAGCUCUGCUAGUGGUGUGAAAUCUGACAGUCCCAGGGUUUCAAAGAAAAGCCCAGGAGAGGGUGGAACUGGCAGCAGCGUGAUCGACAAGAUCAAGUCUCCAGGAACAGUACGCCGGCUUUCUAUGAAGAUGCGCAAGCUUCCAGAACUGAGAAGGAAGCUUAGCCUACGCUCAUCUCGUAAUCAGCGCCAUGGACAAGGGAAUGGCAGCAAUGCACCAGGAGCAUCCGACGAGGCUUCACCACCAAAUGCACGCAAGGAAUCAUCCAACGUCAUCAGCAAGUAUCACCUGGACUCCAGUGCACCUGCACGGCCAAGGCGUCGCUCCUCUCGAACACGUUCUGCUAGCAAAGGAGGAUAUCUUAGCGAUGGAGACUCACCAGAACUCUUGCCAAAGCAGGGCUCGGGUCAGGGAUUGAAAGGGUCACCUACACCACCACCGCACCAUGGAGCACAGGAUGCACUCGCUGUGGCAGACGCAGAGUCGUUCCGCUUGUAUUCGCUGGCGGAUCAGCCUCGCUGUGCUCAGAGACUUUCAGGGCUGCUCACAGUGCAUCUGCUGGGCAUCGGUGAGCUGCUACGGUCCCCUCGGAACGACGCUACUAAAGAAGUGUUCUGUGCCAUUCAAGUGGACGGGGUGACCCGGGCUCGAACAUCCCUGCUCACCUGUCGAGGGGCGUGUCUCCCGCUAAACCACACCUUUAACCUGGAGCUCGAGAGGGCGCGAUUGCUCAAACUGGUCAUCUUGACGCCAACACAAGCAAGCGGAAACAAUGACUCUUCCGUGCCUGCCGCUCCCGCUCGUAACCGGGUGUGCUGUCUGGGUGCUGUGGCUAUACCGCCCCUCUUCAAGGCUUCUCGCAGUCAGCAGCUCUGUGUCCGUCUGGAGCCUCGCGGUUUGCUGUACGUGAAGCUGACCCUUCUGGAGCAGUUCGUGACCCCGUUCCCCCGCCUCAGUGACCUGCCUCCUCCUAACGUGUUCGGGAUGGAGCUGCGCCACCUGGUGGAGAAGGAGGCAUCUGCGCUCAAAGUGCCUCUGAUCAUUCAGAAGUGUGUUUCUGAGAUCGAGAGGAGAGGACUGAGGGUGGUGGGAUUGUAUCGUCUCUGCGGCUCCGCGGCGGUGAAGAAGGAGCUGCGGGAUGCGUUUGAGAGAGACAGUGCUGCUGUGACUUUAAAUGAUGAGCUCUAUCCUGAUGUUAACGUCAUUACUGGCAUUCUGAAGGACUACCUGCGUGAGCUGCCGUCUCCUCUGAUCACGAGGACCCUGUAUGAAGUGGUGUUGGAGGCCAUGACGGUUCGUCCGGUGUGUAGAAACACCAGCGACGCUCAGAGAUCACAGAACACCGUCUCGCUGCUGCAGUGUCUUCCUGAAGCAGAGCGGGCCACUCUCUCUUUCCUGCUGGAUCAUCUGAGUCUGGUGGCGUCUUACAGCGACAGCAACCGGAUGACGUGUCAGAAUCUGGCCGUGUGUUUCGGGCCGGUUCUCCUGACUCCCACGCAGGAGUCGUGGCAGGCCGGGAUGACGGCCCCCGGAUCAGGGGCCCUGACGGGGUUCGGGGCCGCCCGGGGAGGCCGUAGUUUUGCACACAGUGAAGAGAUCGCCAGCGCCGUGGACUUUAAACGACACAUAGAGGCACUGCACUACCUCCUGCAGCUCUGGCCUGUGCCUCAAGGACGAGUGACGGACGACUCUCUGGCGUCCCAGAGUUCCUUGCAGGUGGUUGUGUCCCGCAGGGGGCGUGGCCGGCUGGAGAGCCCGCCCUGUAACCGAUACGCCGGCGACUGGAGCGUUUGUGGGCGGGACUUCCUGUCGAACGACGAGGCGGAUUACGACGAAGUGGCGGGCAGCGAGAGCGACGACGACGACAUGGAGGAGCCGAAGAAGAGAGACGUGUGGGCGUCUCCCGACGGUUUGUACGUGGAUGACUUCGAGCUCGACUUCGACGCUCCGUUCACGUGCCGACUCAGUCUGAAAGACUUCGACACCCUGAUUUCAGAUCUGGAGAGAGAGUUAGCCAAACAGAUCAACAUCUGCCUCUAAACCGGAGUCCGCGCCGCUUCGGCGUUUUAAUAGUUAAGAAUAGAACGACGUCUUGAGAAAGGUGUAGUACUGACACACAACAACACCCACAGGUUGCCACAGAAAUACCAACAUAAUACAAAUAAAUACUGCAUUUUCCAGAAAAUAAAUUGCAUUAAGAGAAAGAAAAAAAAGAAAAAAACACAUGCAAGUUGCAUUCGUGUAUAAGUCCCAUUUUAGAAUAAUUAGAAAUAUUUUUCACAAAAGUACAUUUUUAAAAAAUGCUUACAAACGUUAUUAAGAAUAAUAUAAGUAAUUGUGACUUUUUAUGAUUUUUAAUUCUAACUUUUUUCCUCAAAAUAUACAAACUCUGAGACAAUAUCUCGAGAUAUAAAGGAUUGUGAGAUGCCGUAGAGAUGCAGUUUUGGGUAAAAAGAGAAAAAAGAGAAGGGUCGGAAAAUAGUAGGGUCACUUUUCCUUAAAAUCUUUUCCUUUGGAAUCGCAGUUAACUUUUAUGUGAUUGUGCAAAACUCAACAGCUGCAAUAAUCUUGAUCACAAUUCUGAGUUUCUAAACAUAGUUCUCAAAAAACGUGAAUUGCCUUUUUCACGUUUUCGUGGUGCGGUGGGAAUGGGCUUCUGUAGACCCCGCGGCACAUUUCACAGACAUGUGACUUAGACCCUGGAAAAUAUGCUAGAUUUACCGAUUUCUAAAUGUACUUUGCCAUGCGAUCAAAGGUCUUCAAGGAGCGUUCUGAGACGCGAGACGUCCUCUGACAGCAGCUACUGUAACGUAUCGCCAACAAGCACAAAAACUAUUUUUUUCAUUGUUCUUCUGAAAGGGAGACGCGUAUCGAUUAUUAUAAUAUGCUACAUCGUGCAUUAUAACACCGUAUAAGCGCUCGCCGUUAACGAGGUGGUGAAGGAUGCGUUCUAUCUGUGUGAAGUCUCUCUUGUUUAAAGCUCUGCGUACGACUCUUCUUCCCGACGGCUGCUUUGCUUCGACCAGCGGCGUUCGGGCCAAGGUUUCCUCACUCUUUCCAGCGGGACAUUCCGUUACGUUCUUUUCUCCGCCAGACUCGCUUUGGCAGGCCUUACUUGUACUUUGCAGGAUAAUUUUUUUUUCCCCCUGCGUAGUGUUUAGCAGCGAAACGUAUUUAUUACAUUCCCUUGAGGUCACGUCAUAGGAGCGUUCUGGGUUUGUGACGUAAUGAUGAUUUGAGCGCGAGAAGCCAAAGACGAUAUUCGACGUAACAGGGCUCCGGUAAUCCAUGCUUCUUCCCUAAAGAGCUUUUCUAAACACUCGUCCUGUCUGCCAUUGGUCGGUCAGGCACAUAGCUCCGCCCUAAACUCGCGUGAUUGGACGAGUCAGAGGUCGGUCAGACCGAUGUAUUGAAAGCGACAGCAUUCAAAAGUGACCAAAAAAGAUUUUUUUUUUUAACUUAUAUUGAAUUCAGAGCUUUAAUACAGAGCUGGAUUCGUGACAAUCAGUGAAACGUAAUAUAGUGUUAAUUUUGACUGAGUUUGCACAGUUCUUUAUGCCAAAAUGUUUAAAUCCAGGUUGUUGUUGUUUUUUUUCAUAUUCAGACAUGCUAAAACGACACCAUGCACACGCUCUAGGAAGUGUGCACUCGUUUUUAACCUCGUGUCUUUUGUAACUUGUAUUAUUAAGCCAAAGACUGUUGUGAUGAUUAUUGCACUUGUGUGUCUAGUUUUCUGGAUUGUGCUCGUGCUGCUUCUUCAGCUGAUUUGAGAGCAGCUCUGGGUUUCAUAUCUGAGCGCGGUACAAAUAAUCUCCACUGUGAUUCCACUCUAAAAGCCACAAAUGGAAUAGAAAGGCCAUGACUGAGUUCGCCAGCUCUUUAUGCAAAUUCUUUGACAUGUUUUAUUUGAAUUUAGAUUUGUUUAGUUGUAUAAACAGUAUUAUUAUAUUCUAUUAUUGCACCUGUAACGUUAAGCACUUCUGUCUGUGCUCAUGCAUAGCUAAACCGCAGCCAUACACACACACACACACACACACACACACACACGUGUGUGUGUGUGUGGAUGAGAUGUACCAUUCAGUGUUAUGUUGAAGAAAUAAAGCACAGUGUUGCGUUUCUACAA